AUGCGGCGUCGGGACAGCGACUUAAUGUCGCUGGUGCGUCCGCCGCGUUCCUCGCGUCUCAGUUACAGCUACAGCCAAUGCAGCAGUCGCAGUCGUAGCGGCAGCAUGGAGAGCGACGUGCGUUGGUCGGAACGGGCUUCCAGUAUCGCCCCCAGUGACUUCGACGGCUCUGAACUUCUGGACGUGGAUGAUUUACAGCUGCUACAGCAUCAGAACGCUAGUGACGGACGGGAGACUGUGCGCGUCACGGUCCGGUUCCGUCCGUUGCUGCCUAAGGAGAAGAGCAGUCGGUCUGCAUGUACUGUGCACGCAGAGACCGGUACCGUGUACGACGCACAGCACUCUACUAGAGCCAUUUAUGACGGACUGGCGAGGUCUAUCGCUCGCUCGGCGUUGGACGGAAUCCACGGGUCCAUUUUUGCCUACGGACAGACCAGUAGUGGCAAAACGUAUACAAUGCAGGGUACAGGACUGAGAAACAGGAGACUGACGCUCGUACAGGAGAAAAACGUCGAGACAGAGGAGGAUAGAAGACCCGAAGACAGCGACGGACUGGUGCAGCUGGCAGUCAAAGAUUUAUUUGACGAGAUGGCGAGACGAUCGGAUGUCGAGUACCUCGUGAGAGUGUCAUACUUGGAAGUAUACAAUGAGACUGUCAAGGACUUAUUGGCAGCUGGAUCUACUACAGCUACGGGCAAGAGGAGAGACUCGACUGUGCAUAUUCGCGAACAUCCGGUCACUGGAGUGUUUACGGACAACUCGGAGCGUGUGGUCACGGACGCGCGUGGAGUGCUACAGGCGCUACGUGAUGGCGAGAAGCAGCGAGCAGUGGGCGUCACUCGUAUGAACGAGCGGAGUAGUCGAUCUCACUCGAUUUUCAGAGUAGUUAUCGAGUCCAAGACGCGUCUGGAGGCUUCUGUGUUGACUGAAGAUGACGCAGACGUCGAACGUGUACGUGUGGGAUGUCUGAACUUUGUGGACUUGGCAGGAUCGGAAAGCGCUCGAGCUGUUAGCUCUGGCGGCAAACGACUGACAACUGAGAGUGGCAACAUCAACAGAAGCCUGUUGGCUCUCUCGAGGGUUGUGGUGGCACUCGGUAGUGGCAAGACCAACCAGGACCACAUCAACUUCCGUGACAGUAAGCUCACCCGUAUCUUACAGCCGUCAUUAAGUGGUGCUGCACGUGUGCUCUUUGUCUGCUGUGCGUCGCCUGCACCUACUUACAUCGAGGAUACGCGUAGUACGCUCAAGUUCGCGAGCCGUGCGAAGCGGAUCAAGGUGAACGCGUCGGUAAAUGAAGUCGUUGACCAACGUUCUCGUGCGUUGAUGGAGCUAGCUCGAGAGAAUCAGGUCUUAUGGCAGCAGUUGGAGGCCUUAGCGUCUGCCAGUCGUGACGAAAUGGACGUGAUGGAGGAACACGCAGCUCGGCUGCGUAUGCGAAUUAUCUCUCUGGAAGCUGCCGCUGCUGCCCUCGGCUGGACUUCAUCCGUAGUGAUAGCUGCGGCUUCAGACAAGAGUCGAGAAGACAGACAACCGGAAGUGACAGGCCUGGAAGGAGCAAACUCGCCGACCGACUCGGACAUCCAGGGACUGGAAUUGGACCCUUCUGACGACGACACGGAGGUGGACAGCCAGCUCGACUCGCCCACGGGAUUUCCGCUCCUGAUGGCUAAUGCUGCAUGCUCAACGUGUGAAACUCUUGAUGACGCGCUGGAGAUCGCCAAGACACGGGAACUGGAGUCUUCACUGCGUAUCGAACAGCUUGAGGAAAAAUGUCUUUUGGACGUCGAGGAGGACGAAGCAGAUGAGACCGAGGCGCUCUCGGGCAGCGAAGAUGGCGUCAGCAGUAUAACGCAUGCUACAAGUCUCAGCGUGGCAAGUGCUGCACUCUUGACGAUGGUAGUGGACGCUUUGAAGAAACGCAGCCCGUCGGAAGCUCUCGUGAUUGUGCUGAUUGCAUUUAUCUGCAUGGCAGUCAUGAUGGCCAGCUUCGCUUGGACCAUUGCGGCAGCUACGCUUUGA